UUAUUCUUUUGAUCUUUCAGAAGACAAAAUUAUAGUUAUGAAAAUGAUUAUAUCUUUUAAUACAAAUUAAAUAAAAACAAAUCAACAUAAAAAAAAUAAAAUAGAAGUUUAUAUGCGUUUUAAUCGCCCAACGAAAACGUUAAAAUAAAUCAAGCAAUUAUUUUACACAAAUAUCAAUAUCAUUAAUAUUACAAUUAAUUAAAAAACAUGGCUACCAUGGGUGCUGGUACAUUGGAGGGUACACUGAGCAAGUGGACCAAUGUCAUGAAAGGUUGGCAAUAUCGGUUCUUCGUCUUGGAUGAGAAUGCCGGAUUGUUGUCGUACUAUACGUCGAAGGAAAAAAUGAUGAAAGGUGUACGACGAGGUUGUGUACGACUGAAAGAUGCUGUAAUUGGUAUUGAUGAUCAGGAGGAUAACACUUUUACAAUUACAGUGGACCAUAAAACAUUUCACUUUCAGGCACAACAUAGCGAAGAGCGCGAAAAAUGGGUGAGACGGCUUGAGGACACAAUUCGUCGCCAUGCAAAUCGCUCACGUUUUAUGGAUAAUCAAAGCAUAUUUUACCUCAGCGGUUACAACAGGGAUUUAAGCAACAAACGCGCAAACCAUCUGGAACUAUUAGGUCGGCGCAUAUCAGAAGCAGAUGCUUACUUGCAAUUAAUAAUCGACCAAACAAAUAAAAUAGAUGAGCGUAUAUCAAAUAUUAGUGAUCCAGAUGAAAAGGAGAAAUGUAAAGCGCUACAGGAUAGCACAAGUGCUAUGUUAGAUCAUAUCAAACAUUCAAUUGUCAAUUUACAAAUUGCCAAAAAUAUGGCACAUCCAAUCAAUGGGAUCUACAAUGGUCCUAUCAAUACGACAAACUUGCCAACAAUAUCAUCUUCAACGACAAUUUUACCACAAACACCAACAAAAAUCAAAAGUUUAAAAUUGGAAAAUAUUUGUGACGAUGAAGAAGACUCAACAACGGAAAACGUUACGACAGCACCCCUUGCAUUUGUGGUACCAGAAACAUCUUAUUCCAGCAGUGAAGGCGAGGACGACUUUUACGAUGCAAACGAUGAUCCAUUCACAAAUUCGCCUGUUAGCUGCGCAACGCGUGGCUUCUCAGUGGAGACAUCACCCACAAAUGAAAAUCCACCAGAAUCGCAGAUGACCACAACUACAGCCACAGCAACGGUAAACAAAAAAGUUCCGCCAGCUUUAAGUGAAAUCGAUGAGUUUCAAACUGCUUCGAGCACUUUGUCAAACUAUCAAAAUGAUUUUGACUCCCCACGCACGAGUGAAAGUAGAGCAUAUCGUAGUUAUGAUGGUUCGAUAGAUUAUGAUGCACUAUAUGAAGAGGAGGAGGAUACUAGCAUUAGUAUGGAGGCGCAUGGUUCUAUGAUUUCUCAUUUAUUGUCUCAGGUAAAAAUUGGCAUGGAUUUAACAAAAGUAGUAUUGCCAACUUUUAUAUUGGAACGACGUUCAUUACUGGAAAUGUAUGCCGAUUAUUUUGCACAUCCUGAUUUAUUCUUAAAAAUUGCGGAACUUGAUAGUCCGCGCGAUCGUAUAGUACAAGUUUGCCGUUGGUAUUUGAGUGCCUAUCAUGCCGGCCGCAAGAGUGCGGUAGCAAAGAAACCUUACAAUCCAAUUUUAGGAGAAAUCUUUCAAUGCUAUUGGGAUAUACCAGGUGAGUCUACAGAAUGUACAGAAGUAUCGGAUGGGCCUGUACCGUGGUGUCGUCAAAAUCAAUUGACUUUUCUGGCUGAGCAAGUUUCGCAUCAUCCUCCAAUAUCUGCUUUCUAUGCUGAGCAUGUCAACAAAAAAAUACAGUUUUGUGCGCACGUAUGGACAAAGUCGAAAUUUUUGGGACUAUCGGUUGGUGUACAUAACAUUGGUGAAGGUAUUGUUACCUUAAUAGAACGUAGCGAACAGUAUUAUGUUAACUUUCCAAAUGGAUACGGCAGAUCCAUAUUAACAGUACCUUGGAUUGAGCUAGGUGGCUCUGUUGAAAUACGUUGUCCACAAACCAAUUACUAUGCUAAUGUUGAGUUUUUAACAAAACCAUUUUAUGGUGGCAAAAGGAAUAAAGUAACAGCCGAAAUUUAUGCACCAAACGAAAAGAAACCUUUUCUCUCUAUCGCUGGCGAAUGGAGUGGACUUAUGGAAGCUAAAUGGCAUGAUAAAAAUAAAACUGAGGUAUUCGUCGACGUAAAUCGUAUUCCAAUAUUUAAGAAACAAGUAAGACCAAUCAUUGAACAAGAAGAACAUGAAUCAAGACGCGUUUGGAAGGAAGUAACUGCAGGACUCAAAUUUAAUGAUAUCGAAAAGGCAACAAAUGCAAAGUGUGAAAUAGAGCAGAAACAACGUGAACAGGCAAAGGCGCGUAAGGAAAUGGACCAACAAUGGGAACAUAAGUAUUUUAAACCAGUCGCUGAAAAUUGGAUUUAUAAAACUCCACUCUGCAAUCGUGUUUAUCAACAAGAUAAGGAAAACAAAAGAUAAUAAAAAAAACUGCUAUAUAUCCUUGGACUUUAUGUGAAAAAAUCGAAAUGCCUGCUAUUACUUUAACGGUGCACAAUAUCAAAGCAUGACGAUAAAAAUUAAACGAACGAAACUUACUAUAGAAAUUUUAAUAGUAGAAUUACUUUAACACUUUCAAUACUAAAAUAACAAAAACAAAAGUUCUUAUAUAGUUGAAAUGGAGUUAUGUGUAUAAAACUAAGUAAAAUAUGUGGGUUAGGCAAUAAAUUAAUAAUGUAUUAUAAAAUAAAUAUCGAAAGCAAUUUGCAUAUAUGUAAUAACACAAGUUUUAAUAAGAUUCACAAUAGUUUAUAUUCUAGAGUUUCAAAUGCAAUCGAUAAAAUAUAGUUCACAGAAUAUUUAAAAUAUUUAAAACAUAUAAAUAUUUAAGUAUAU